AUGGCGGCCACGGGUGUCCUGCCGUUCGUGCGGGGAGUUGAUUUUUCAAGAAAUGAUUUUUAUGGACAUGAUGGGGAUUAUUUUCCAUGCCAAGUUGGUGAUAUGUCAGGAUUAAGAUGGCUACGCCUGAACAAAACAAACCUGAAAGAGAUGCCAGAGGAAAUUAGCAAGCUGAAAAAGCUGGAGCACCUGACCAUCAUGCAUAAUGAGCUAGAGGGCCUUGGAAAUAGUUUGGGGUCUUUGCCAGCACUACGCACGCUCAACUGCAGACACAACGAGCUCAAAGAUGACGGCAUUCCUGGCAAAAUAUUCCACCAUGAAGAUCUGUCUGUUGUGGACCUGAGUCACAACAAAUUAGUGGAAGUGCCACCAGAACUGGAGAAUGCCACCAAUGUUAUUGUACUCAACCUUAGUCACAAUCAGAUCGAAAUGAUUCCAAACCAGCUGUUUAUCAAUUUGACAGACAUUUUCUUCCUUGACCUCAGCAAUAACCUGUUUGAGACCCUACCACCACAGAUGAGACGACUGACCAAUCUCCAGACCCUCAUCCUGAAUAAUAAUCCCCUUGUCCAUGCACAACUCCGACAGCUGCCUGCUUUGCUGUCCCUGCAAACCUUACACAUGAGGGACACACAGAGAACUCUAGCUAACUUCCCCUCUGGACUUGACACUCUCACCAACCUGCAGGAUGUUGACUUGUCUAACAACGACCUGCCACGGGUACCAGAGACAUUGUACAAAGUCAGCUCACUGAAACGACUCAACCUCAGUGGCAAUCAGAUCACUGAACUCUCUCUUGUCAUUGAUACGUGGAUUCAUUUGGAAACGCUAAACCUGUCCCGCAACAAACUGACAGCUCUGCCGUCUUCCCUUCAUAAACUGGCUUCUCUGAAGAAAUUGUACUUGAAUUCUAACCUGUUAGACUUUGAGGGAAUCCCAGCCAAUAUUGGCAAGCUACAUAACCUGGAAAUAUUCAGUGCAACCAACAAUCAGCUUGAGAUGAUUCCAGAAGGAUUGUGUCGAUGUGGGAAGCUGAAACGUCUCCUUCUGAAUGGCAAUAAACUAAUAACACUUCCUGAUAUUCUUCAUCUACUGCCAGAGUUAGAGACACUGGAUGUAAGAGACAACCCAGGGCUAGUGAUGCCUCCCAAACCUGCUGAGUUAAGGAAAAACCAUGAGUUCUACAACAUUGACUUCUCCCUCAACAACCAGCUACGACUGGCUGGGGCUCCCACAGCCCCUUCAGCAGAUCAGUCUCCCCAGCAAAAAGAUCCUGUGGCUCGAAAGUUAAGACUGAGGAAAAGACGUGAUGGUCAGCAAGAGAGUGAAAAAGUUCUGAAGGGUAUGAGAGAUGUGGCAAAAGACAAAGCAGAAGGUGCUGGUCCAGAUUCUGAGAACCAGGAGCAGAAAGAACCACUCAAGCCAAAACGAUGGGAUGAACACCUAACCAGACCACAGUUGAACUACAGUGAAAUAUUUGAUGAAGAUGUUGGACAAAUACCAGGUAUCCAGUGUUGGGAAAUUGAGAAUUUUGUCCCUAAUCCAGUUGAGGAAGUCCUGAUCGGGAAGUUCUACGAAGCUGAUUGCUACAUCAUCCUCAAGACUUACAUAAAUGAAUCCAACAGCAUAGAUUGGAAGAUCUGGUACUGGAUUGGUGAACACUGCACUCUGGAUAAGAAGGCAUGUGCUGCUAUUCAUGCUGUGAACCUUAGGAAUCUCUUGGGGGCAGAGUGUCGCUGUAUUCGUGAAGAGAUGGGGGAUGAAUCUGAUGAAUUUCUGGACCUGUUUGAGAAUGGAGUGUCAUAUAUAGAGGGUGGAAGGACAAGUAGUGGUUUCUACAGUGUGGAGAAUGUUGAAUAUGAAACGAAGCUGUAUCGAGCUACUGGUGUGCAGACAGUUUUCAUGGAGAGGUGUUUACCAGAGUUUAUAUCCUUGGACAGCAGAUUUGUAUUCAUGCUGGAUAUGGGUCUCAACAUUUAUAUCUGGGUAGGAAAGAUGUCUAAAGCAGUCACUAAAACCAAAACGAGACUUAUAGCUGAGAAAAUCAAUAAAAAUGAAAGGAAAGGAAAAGCAGACAUCUACAUGGAAGACCAAGGCAAAGAAUCUGUGGCGUUCUGGCGAGGAUUAGGGGGUGCUUCUCCGAUGCCUAUAGUGGCGGCUUUGCUAACACCAAUGGAAUAUGUACCAAGAAUGUACAAGGUGGGACUAGGCAUGGGAUAUCUGGAACUGCCACAAGUUGACAUUCCAAAAGGGAAGUUAGUGCAGUCCCUGCUGCUGUCUAAAUGUGUGUACAUACUGGAUUGUAAAACUGACCUGUUUGUAUGGAUUGGUAAAAAGUCAACUCGACUCAUCAGGGCAGCGGCACUCAAACUUUCACAGGAACUCAAUGUUAUGUUGGUUCGUCCAGACUACUGCAGUGUAACCAGGUGUUUAGAAGGAACAGAGCCACAGGUAUUUAAGACAAAAUUUGUUGGCUGGGACGAUGUGAUACCUGUAGACUAUACAAGGACAGCUGAGUCAAUGGUUCGAAGGGGACAUGACCUCAAGGUCAUUAUGGCAAGAGACAAGUUGAAGACAGACCUGUCAGCACUCUUCAUGCCCAGACAACCCACCAUGACUCUUGAGGAGGCUGACCAGUUGACCACUGAAUGGAAUGAAGAUCUGGAUGGCAUGGAAGCAUUUGUUUUAGAGGGCAAGAAGUUUGUACGACUGCCAGAUGAGGAGCUAGGAAUAUUCCACACUGAGGAUUGCUAUGUGUUCCUGUGUCGGUACUGGGUACCACUGGAAAAAGAUGAGGACGAGGAGGAGGAUGAAGAGGAUGAAGAUGAGGAUCCAGAGGAAGAUGACUAUAAAUGUGUUGUGUACUUCUGGCAAGGGCGUGACACCUCCAACAUGGGCUGGCUCACCUUUACUUUCAGCUUACAAAAAAAGUUUGAGACUCUGUUCAAGGACAGACUAGAAGUAGUACGAACACACCAGCAACAGGAGAACCUGAAAUUCCUCUCCCACUUCAAACGCCAAUUCAUCAUCCGACAGGGCAAGAGGAAAGUUGGUGGGGGCGAGGUUAAGAAGACUGAUAUUGAAUUCUUCCAUCUACGUGCCAAUGGCAGUCCUAUAGCCACAAGAUGUAUACAGAUAAGGCCAGACGCCUCCUUAUUAAACUCAUUCUUUUGCUAUAUCCUGAUGGUGCCGUUUGAUAGUGAGGAUCUCAUGGGCGUGGUCUAUGUGUGGAUUGGCAGCAGAGCAGAGCAUGAGGAGGCUACACUGGCAGAAAAGAUAGCAUACAAAAUGUACAAAGAUAACUACACGAUACAAAUGAUCAGUGAGGGCGAAGAGCCAGUCAACUUCUUCUGGGUUGGCAUUGGAGGAAAGAAACCGCAUGAAACGGAGGCAAAGUUCAUGCAACAUGCUCGCCUGUUUAGGUGUUCCAAUGAAAAAGGAUACUUCACAGUGUCGGAAAAAUGUGCAGAUUUCUGUCAGGACGAUCUGGCUGAUGAUGACGUGAUGAUCUUGGACAACGGGGAAAAUGUCUUCCUCUGGGUUGGCAAGAAAACAAGUGAUGUGGAAAUAAAACUUGCAUUUAAGAGUGCACAGGUAUACAUCCAACACAUGCGUAACAAACAGCCCAACAAGCCACGUAAACUACUGCUAGCCAUGAAAUACAAGGAACUGAGAAAGUUUACAAAGUGUUUCCACGGCUGGGGAAAGUACAAGGAGGUUCUGGAGUGAACAGUUUGUCCAUUUUCCCACAGCUACAGGAGUUGCACAACAUUCUAAACAAAAUAUCUGUUGCAACAGAUUUCAUUUAUAGUGAUUUUUCUUCUCGUCAAAGUGAAAAUUUAACAACCAAUUAAUUUUAUUGGUAUUGUUUAUAAGAAUGAUGGAUAGUUUCUGAUAGCUUUCUGUUCAUUAUCAUUAAAAGUAAAGAUUUAUAUCUGUUAUCAGUCAGCAGAAUUUUAAAGAAUUGUUGGUGCUGUAGUUCAAACCUCCUGCACUUGUUUCCAUACAUUGUACGUAGGUGUAUCAGGUGUGAUUCCCCUAAGUUGGUCACAAAAGACUGUUCUUGUGCAAUAUUGAUGUUAACACUAUUUGAGUACAAAUGAUCUGCUGUAGAAUUGUGUGUUUGUGUUGGAGGCCGAGUUUGUCUGUGAUAUUGGGAAUGUUUUAUGCUGCUGCCUAUAAUACCUUUUUAUCUUCUGUUAGUACUAGAAUAUUCUAAAGUCUGUCUCUCCUCAUGUUAACAUAUUCUCCCUGUUGUUGUUAACAUAUAUGUUUGUUACUGGUGAAAUAUUUACGAACAAAGUCUUAGCUUCUGAAAAUUAAUUAUUAAUUGAUGUUAUAGAAAUAGUAUUUGAAAGUAAAUAAUAAUGAUAAAUUCACAUUUAAAUCCAAGAAGUUUGGUAUGUGGAGUAAUCCUUAUUCCUUGUUUCCAAAAUUAUAUCUUUAGUCACCUAUGUACAAUAGCUCAUGAUUCUGCAGUGAUAUAAGCUGAAGGGUACCACAGAAUUAGUCAUAAAUGUAAAGAGAAU